AUGGCAGACACUGUGCCUACUGCUGUCCCUACAUCCGCACAAACAAAUCCAGCUCCCUCCACGACGAGCAUAAACAUGUCCAACUCUACAAGUCAAGCACAACAGAACCCAUCAUCAUCGCAGAGCACAGUGACCUCCAAUACAACAACGGGACCUAAUAAAAAUCCCAGCGCAAACUCUGCUUCAUCAUCAACCACAGCUGCGGGCGCGACCGGGAGCAGCGGCGGCGCGACAGCGAAUAAUGAGAAUCGCGGAUUACCAUAUUACGAGAAACUUCGUCGCGAAUUACGCGAUAUACUGCAAAAGAAGAGAGUGAUGGAUAGAAGCAUGGCGCAAUUAGAAGAACAAAUCUACCGCUUUGAGCAACAAUACCUCGAAGAUACCAGCGCAGGAAACAUCAUUAAAGGAUUCGAUAAUUAUAUCAAGGGAUCGAGUAGUUCUUCCGGUCUUGGAGGCGGAGCAGGCAGUUUAUCGUUAUCAGGCUCAAUGGGUGCCGGCGCAGGAGGGACGGGCGGGCGACGGAAAGCUGCGUUUUCAGAGCUUGAUAGAGUGUUUAGUAGGAGUUCGGCUUCUUUUAUGAGGGAUUCGCCGGCCCCGUCAUCUGCGCAGACUACGCCGUCGCAUGCGCCGACACCGACAUCAUCGCACGGUGGUCCUUCAUUAUCCUUGAAUAACGGCGGUAGUAAUGGGACUAGCACAAAAUCCGAAGGAUCAAAGGGCGGAUCAUCUAAGAACAAGAAGAAAGGUGGUGUUGGAUCGGGUUCGGCGUCUACACCCGUGGCUACCAAAGAUGAGGAUGAUAUUGAUGUCGAUGGGUCGAGUAAACCGCCUGUAAAGAGGCUGAAGAUUACUUAUGGGCGGGAUUGA